AUGCGAGAAAGUAUAGCCCUUUGUACAGUUGAAGGCAUCAAUAGCUUUGGAGACUGGGACAAUGGCAUUCAGAUUGCAGCAGAAAAAGAAUCAUCCCUAUCUACCAGAAAAGAAGCUGCAACUUUACAUGGUACCUGUAAUACAAGAGCUGGGAGAAAGAAGAAAAAGAAGAGAAAUGCAAAAGGGGAAACUGAGCUGCACAUUGCUGCUAGGAGAGGAGAUUUGUCUUUGGUGAAAACUUUAAUAUCAUCUGGAAUUUGUGUCAAUGAACAGGACUAUGCAGGUUGGACAGCAAUUCAUGAAGCUUCCAAUGGAGGAUUUACUGAAGUGAUCUUAGAAUUACUGAAGGCUGGUGCUAAUGUUAACAGCAGAAGUCUGGAUGGUAUUUUGCCAAUACAUGAUGCUGUGUCUGGCAAUUAUUUGGAGGCAGUCAAGAUUCUACUACAGCAUGGAGCGAAUCCCUGUGAGAGGGAUGGUUCAGGGAAAUGUGCUUUGGAUGAAGCUUGUGAUGAUGAAAUGAAAGAAGUGCUGAAGUCUUACAGUGCUAUGAACUCUGUGCUUCCUGUUGAGACUAUUGAAGUUACAGAGAGGAACUAUCGUUCUAGGUCAAGGAGAAGAAAACUUCAUUGUUGCAACUACUGUAAAAAUGAUGCAGCUUUGGAGCCACAACAUGAGAAAUACAGUGUGGAGUCUGUUGCUGCCAUACAAGAUGCAGAAGAGAAGCAAAAAGAACUGCUGCUACUUGAAUUGAGAACUUCCAAAGAUGCAGAUGUGUAUAUCCAAAGGCUGUCUCAGAUGCAAGAUACUUUGAAUGAAUUGCUUGCAAAACAGAAAACAGAAAGGGAUACCCUUGUUAAAAAAUACAGGGCUUCAGUGGAAUCUUUUAAAAAAGGAGCACUGAGGAAACAACUAGUUAACUUUGCUUCUAGGCAAAAGCGUCUGUUAACUGUUGCCGAAAAUCAGGAAGAAUUAGUCCAGAAAAUACAGAAUUACAGAAAAACAAGGCAAUUGUUCAGUGCAUCACGUUCAGAGAAGCAAAUCUCAAACUUGGUUAUUUCCUGUGGAAAUGACAGAAGACAAAGUUUAACUGCUGAUGAAAUCAUGUGUCCUGAUGUAGUUACAUUUAGUAUGGGGCUUGGUGCCAGCAUGCCUAAUGGAAACAGAGUAGAAGCACAUCUCUCUUUAGAAAAUAGAUUUUCAGCUCAGGAAUGCAGCCAACAUCCACACAUCUGCUUGGAUGAGACAGGAGCAAAUAAAGAAGCAAUUAGAAGCAAAGAGGCUUCUGAUCAUGCUUUGGCAUCCAAAAACAGCGUAAGAGGAUAUCCCUUCGACAACAUGUCAACACUGACAAAUGCUGUAGAAAUGAUGACAUUGCCUUCAGAACCUACUGUUUCCACUGCUAAAACAAACUGCUCACAGCAAAAAGACAUUGAUUGUGUAGCAAUUGCACAACAAGGAAACAAGUCUUUAAAUCCCACUUCAGUGACCAAUGCAUUAAACAUUGUAGAACCCCGAAGCACUAUUGUCGAUAACAUUGCCUGCCAGCCAGGCAGUGACUGCCAGCAGGUUCUUACAGAUGAGGAUCUACACAGAUACGUAAAUAAGAAAGAAGCUUUCCAGCAGCAACAGCAAGUAGUUUUGUCAACAUCUACAAAGAACUUCCCUAAUACUCUGCAGCAAAUGAUCUGUAGCAGUAGUGUGAAAUCAUUUAAUGCUAACUCAGUGCUUACAAAUCUUGCCUCAGAUACAGAUUAUCCAGUGAACCUCAGUGAGAAAUCUUCCCAGAGCUAUAGUAAUCAAGGAUGUGAACAAAAACAAGUGAGGUAUGGAACAAAAAAUCGGAGAAAGCUUCAGUUGAUAGAUCUACUUGAAUUGGGAAGGAUUAAGCCAGGAGAAAAUGUUUUAGAAUUCAAACUGCAGGAAUUUAGUCAUAAAGCCACGCUCUUAAACAAUGGCAAGAUCAGAACCAGUAAGAGACAAAUACUCCAGAAUCCAGUUCAGUGGAUUAAAGACCUACUAGGAAGUGACAUUUCUGUGACAUGGAAGUAUGCGUGGAAUAAGGUUACAUAUCUUGGGACACAGUUGUCAAAAUUUCUUGUUGAAGAAGUGUCAGUUUCUAGUGACUUGGAAUUACCAUCACAAGAAAGAGAGCCUUUGGAAGUUGUGAAAACAUUGCUAUGCACUGAAAGAGAAGCAGCUGUUACCAGGGAAUUUAAGAGCUCUUCUGUCCAGUUCAACUCAGGUGGAAGUCUGACACAUUUUCUUCAGUUCAGUGAGAUAGUAAUGGUAUGUAAAGAGGAGUUUCUACCAUGCCCUGUAAUGGAAAAGCACUGGAGUUUCUACAAAGGGUGCGAAGGUUUUGGAUUCUAA